AUGGAGCCGGCUCUCCUUUACGCUGUUCCAGUUUGGUACGAGGCAGUUUACAACAUCCAUGUUAGAAGACAGUUACUCUCUAUACAACGAAGAUUCGCAAUCCAAAUAUGUCGAUCCUACCGCACUGCCCCAACCAGUGCCCUCCUGGUUUUGGCCGGAAUUACACCAAUCCAUAUCCAGGCAAAAACCAUUGCUUGGUAUUGGUUCGCUUCAAGGGGACAGUUUCCCUGGCUGAACAACAUCAAAAAUUACAACCAGGCCAAUGACAGGAUAACUAAAAGUAUGGCAAAUAUCACGACCAAUAUCCAAAAAUUUGGACUGGAUGGAACAAACCAAAACAAAGUAGACUCAAACCACCCACACAAGGUAAAUGAGUAUACCGUCAGUAUGGACCAAGAGGAAAACCAAACAACAGCGGCUUGGAACAUUUACACUGACGGUUCCAGGCGUGAUGAAGGAACUGGCGCUGGAGUGGUUAUAAUGGACAAUAACAACAAAACCCACUACCAGGCAUACUACAAAAUGGCAGCCCACUGUACGAAUGUACAAGCAGAGUUAUGGGCGCUACUCAAAGCCAUCCACCACAUCAAGGACAAUUACCAUAAAUACAAAGGCAAUAUCCGCAUUCACACGGAUAGCAGGACAGCCCUCAACAUACUCAAACACAACAGGAGAUACAUAGGUCUCUCUGCAGACUUAAUAGCAGAGGCAAACAAUCUUGGUAAAAACAGGAAACUAUACUUCAACUGGAUCCAAGCACAUAAAGGGCACGCUGGCAACGAGCUGGCAGACAAACUAGCCAAGAAAGCAUGUACCCUCAACAAAAACCCCUCCUAUGGGAAACUUCCCCAUACUUGGGUGAAGAAGCAGCUAGCCAGCAUCGCUCUUACAGACUGGCAAAAUGAGUGGGACCAUGCAGAUACAGGAAGGAAAACCUACACCUACAUCCCUUCUAUCACCCAAAGGUUCAAAGCCAACCACUACACUCCAGAAGCCGAAACCACGCAGAUUCUUACCGGACACGGUAACUUUGCUGCUUACCUACAUCGAUUCGGCAAAACAAAUAACAAUAUUUGCGACUGUGACAACACCAGCGAAGCAACUGAAGAGCACUUCCUCUACAACUGCCCAAAACACGACAACGAAAGGCUCCAAUUCAUGGGAAAAUGCCUUACCGAAGGCCAGAACUGGCCACCGAAUCCACCAGACGUUUUCAACAACAGAAAACUGUGGAAAAGUCUAACUGAAUUUGUGCACAAGACAAAGACCCUGAACGCUAGCGGCUUCAGCAGUAGGGCCACCAACAACAUACUAUCCCACAGCCUAACGAGGCCACCAAUGGAUUAA